AUGUCAUACAUAAGCAGAGACGAUGCAUCCCAAGCCUUCUUGUUUCAAGUCACUCCCAACUUAGCAUCUCCCGAAGCAUGGAAAGCCCGGCCGAAAGAUCAUGGCUCUUUCUUGGAGCAGGAUGACGCACAGGCAGAGCACACAGAGCCAGGACUGCAAUGGGACUUCGCUUCUCGCGAAUGGAAAGAAAGAUAUCAAAAAAGGCAACCCAAAUGGGACUUUGAAAAAACAGGAACACCACCGAUCAUGCCUAGAUUGAAUGUUGUCUGGCAAAAGCAAACCAUAGAUCCACACCUAGGCGUCGAAAUGAUUCAACACCAAAAGACACAAACCAGGUGA